AUGUGGUCAAGACGCAAUGCAUUUCCGUUGGCAGAGCUGCGAGACGCGGCGUGUGCGCCAGUGGCUGUGACGCCGUCCGACCAUCGGCGUUCCGCCGUGGACGGCUUGGCGGAGUGGGACAAUAUGGGAGAGUCGGCCAUGACGGCGGAGUCGAAGAUUAACUUCAUAUCGGCGCUCGCGUAUAAACUCAUUCCGGAGGUGUUGCGGGAGGAGGCGGCGAUGAUUCUCUCGUGGGUGAUUGGCGAUGCCGUCGGCGAGGAGUCUGUGGGGGCGCUCACGCAAGUGGAGUACUUCUUCGCAGGCACCGACAAUGGCCACUUGUUUAUGCUCCCGCUUUUGCCACCUUCGAUGCGUCCUUUUGUGCAGAGGUCGCGAUCUCCAGUGGCAGCGGCAAGAGCAGCAGGAUCGGUGCCAUGGAAUGCGGGGCCGCGGCGGCUGCUCCACCGGCAUGGACGCGAGGAGCCGGUGUUGGCGCUGGCGACGCUGGGCACACUUGUGGCGUCGGGCGGCUCCGACGCGCACUUGCAUCUCAGUGUAUUCCAUCCCGCUCCGCACCACGUGGUGACGAUAUCGCACCCAUCGCCGCUGCGCUGUCUGUUGAUGUGGGAGGGCAGCAUCUUUGUGGAAAGACUGGUGGAUCCGCAGCAACAAUAUGAUGUUGCCACAUCAGAGAGCUCCAUCGCAUACGCCAUUACGGGCGACGAGAGCGGCGUUGUUCGCAUCUGGAGGGUGGACAUCGAGAGUCGCACUUACUUCCUGACAGCUGUCUUCACUAUUGUCACUGCGUCCGGGUGUUUAGGCUUUGCGUCCCCCCUACACUACCUCGCACGGGAGGACGUGGGCCGCGCGAAAGCUGAGGCGGAGCGGUCUGACGUGAUCCACUGCCUCGCCAUCGACGAUAACCAGCGGUUGCUUGGUGGUGUGAAGGGGGGUGUUGUGGUCUGGUCGCUGGCGGAACUGCCGUGGAAGAAGGAAGAGGAAGACCACAUCUUAUGCUGGGACGACGAGCAGCUGCGAAUGGAGCCAGCGGCAGUGCAGAGACUUCGGAUCCGUGCCGAGCGGACGACGAACAUAAGCGUCUGGGUUAAAAGCGCGUCACUCCUGCUGGAGUGUCUGCAGCGCGACGAAGAUAACGACGCUAGCGUGACUGGUGAUCACCGAGUGCCUGCUCCUUCCACAUCUCCUGCGCACCCACCACAGCGGAGCAAAUGGAAGCCCAAGUACGGCACGCACGCCGCUAACGGUUUUGACAUAGGUGUGGUGAGCAAUAUGGUGUCACUUCCCUCACACAACAGCAGCAGCAACUCUGCGGCCUUGUUUCUCCGCACUGUGUGUCUCCCUCUCGUCUUCCCAUCCCUCAAAAACACCGUUCACUUCCCGCUGUGGGCGGUGGAACCGGUUUUCACCCCCCUGGACAUCUUGCCCACGGCGGGAAGCGCUUGCUAUGCGCUUCUCGUGCUGCAGCACGGCAAACGCAUCGCCACGAGCGGGUCCGAUGGCAGUGUGACUGUGUGGGUAUGGGAUGCAGCAGCCAAGAUGUACGCAAAGGCGCUGUCGUGCGGCGGGGGUAUUGGCCACCGCGGCUUGGGCCGACGCGUAUGCCUGAUGCGCUCGCCUGAUAUUUUUAUCUCCUGUGGCUACGACGAUGGCAUGGUGAAGGAGUGGCACGUGUACGAUGAGCCCGAGCUGCUCAUGCGCUGCGAGCGCCGCUUCACGCUUCUCCCUGCCAACUCGUACACGAUCGCACCACCAGUACCCACAGAGGAGAAGGGGGACGAGGAGGUGGUCUCUGGGGUCUCGUGCGCCGUCUCCUUCCCGGAGUUCCACGCUCUUUUUCUCGUCGGUGCCUUUGAAAGUACAAUUCAGACAUUCAGCUUAUCGGAAGUGCAGGGCUGCAGUCCACCAGCGGAUUACAUCUACAACGGCCACAAGACAGUGCGUGUGGUGCUGCCCCGUACUGCAGAUGCCUCGCGUAGCAGUGUCGGGCAGUCGGAGGGGUAA